AUGAAGCCUUGCCAGAAGCAGAACAAUCCAGACCGAAAGCCCCGGAUCCGUGAAGGGCUUCCUGAAUCUGUCAAUGAAGCUGCGCGGCUAUUUGUUUCGAUUGAGGAAUCUGAGCAGAUACUAGCACAGCUUCAACAGGCUUGCGUCCGGAACAAACAGGUUCUAUGGAGCGGAAUAAGCAGAGAAGUUGCCCAGGGCUGGGCGGACAAACACCAUUUACAGACUUUGACGACGGUAAUGGGACCACUUAUGGACAUACACGAUCCGCGAUGCCCUCGCCGGCAUAAAGGCCAUGAUGCGUGGUCAGCAUAUGUACAUGGGGCUUCGGUUCUAUUCGCUUGGUAUAUUGCGGGAGGCGACAUCGUCACGGUUUUGUCCCAACCUCCGCCGCAGCGUUUCAACCCUACUGGGGAGGCUUACUACCAAACUGUUGAGGAACCCAUUAUCACGGGAAAGCUAUGUGACAGGCAUGCCAAGAUUCUCUCCGAAGAUGUCGCAAAACAGUUGACGGGUCCGCUGUCUUCUGACGCAGGAACAAGACACGUAAACGCGGAGAAGACUAUAAAAAAGAAUACGGCAGGCCUUGAGAAAAAGGAGAAUCUUCGAGAAAGGCGGCAAGUAUCACAGACCAAGCCCGUUAAAAAGAAGAAGAAAAAGGUGAGGAAAAGUCAGAAGAAGGGGAAGGAAGGAAAACAGAAGGCCCAGGACAAAUCAAAUUGA